AUGGAUCGAACGCACACCGAUCGGCAAGACGGCGGUGAUGGCCUCCCACCUAGCCGAACAGAAGACAACGAUCCUGUCGACGAGGGCGAAGAUCACUCCAGUAAUCCAGCCCGUCGGGGAGGCGGCCCCGGUCGCGCUGGUCGAAUGAACACAAUCUCAGAAGAACCACCUUUGACUGGCCAUGACCAAGGACAGGAUACGAAUAACACCGCAGAAACAACACGAUCUCGCCUCGAGCGCAGGGCUGCCGAAAUCCGCGAGGCCAACCGCCGACGCAGGGCGCAUGGUCAGACAAACUCGGACACCUCUGGAAACACGCCUUAUACGCAGGGGGUUGGCCGUCCGUUGGAGAGAGGUGAGAGUUUUCUCGAUCCCGACAUGUCUCGCGCGCGUUCUAAUGCGAUAUGCCCUGGUUUUUCACCGAGGCCGGAAGACGUGGAGAGACACAGAGCGAACUUGGAGAGAAGGGCAUGGAUUGCCGCGGGUAGAAACUCUGGGCCAACGGAAGAGAGGGAGAGGAACGGGAUCAACAGACGCCCGACAACUUAUCAAUUUCGGGCUCAUGAGGGAUUUCCUCCCAACGGCACGGGGACGCGGGGGUUGUAUGCUGGACGAUACCCCAUCCCAUACGUGAAUCCAGCUACUGGACGAGCGCUUGUGGGAACGGGCGGUUACACACCUUUUGGCAGCGGCAACUUCCAAAGCAGUGUUCCAGGCCAGUCAUCUCAUGAUGAUAGUAGAAACGCCGCUGUCUACGACCCUGGCAGCUUUGAGGAUACGGAUCAAUUCUACGUCGAGCCGGCUCCUAAGCCCGAGAACGUCGAUCCUAAGGCUAUGGUGUCCCAGCCGGAGGGUAAACCUGAGGGUGACUCCAAUCCUCCCAAACGCAAGGAUGAACCGGAUGAUAAGCAGAGUGGAGGAAGAGGGCCAGGCGCGCCUGGACAGGCUACUUGA